AUGCCGAGCGGGUCCUGCAGAGGCGUCACGUCGUCACGUCCUCCUUCCUCUGUUUCUUCUCGACGUGAGGCUGACUUGAAGGGAACGUUCUCGAGAAGGAAAAGAAAUAGGACCGGGGAGUAGAAACAGCAACUACCCCAUAAAGCUGCCUCAGGAGCAGUGAAGUGUCUUCAUGGCAGUUCGUCGAGGACACAAUAAGUACUUUAAAGCUGACUUGCAGGAGGUGUAUGAGAUGUCUAACGGUUAUGAAGAUCACAUGGGAGGGGAUGAGGCGAAGGACGCAAAGACUAACCUGAUAGUGAACUACCUGCCUCAGAGUAUGUCUCAAGAUGAGCUGCGAAGCCUCUUCAACAGCAUUGGAGAGGUUGAGUCUGCCAAGCUGGUGCGAGACAAAAUGGCAGGCCACAGUUUAGGGUACGGAUUUGUUAACUAUCUUAACCCUAGUGAUGCAGAAAGAGCUAUCAGUACUCUGAAUGGACUAAGGCUACAGUCCAAAACUAUCAAGGUUUCAUAUGCACGGCCCAGCUCAGACACAAUAAAGGAUGCAAACUUGUAUAUCAGCGGCCUGCCCAGGUCCAUGGCCCAGAAGGAUGUGGAAGAAAUGUUUUCUCGCUUCGGGCAUAUCAUAAAUUCCAGAGUACUUGUAGAUCAGUCUUCAGGUACGACAGGUGUGUCCCGUGGGGUGGCUUUUAUCCGAUUUGAUAAACGAGCAGAGGCUGAAGAAGCCGUCAAGAAUCUGAACGGUCAGAAACCACCUGGAGCCUCUGAGCCCAUCACAGUGAAAUUUGCAGCCAACCCAAACCAGGUGAAGAACACUCAGCUCAUCUCUCAGCUCUACCACAAUCAGUCCCGGCGCUUCGGAGGGCCCUUACACCACCAGGCACAGCGGUUUAGGUUUUCUCCAAUGGGUGUUGAUCACAUGGGCGGCAUGGGAGGCGUGAACGUCCCAGGGAACUCCUCCUCUGGCUGGUGCAUCUUCAUCUACAAUCUGGGCCAGGAUGCGGACGAGAGCAUCCUGUGGCAGAUGUUCGGCCCUUUCGGCGCAGUCACAAAUGUCAAGGUGAUCCGAGACUUCAACACCAACAAGUGCAAGGGCUUCGGUUUUGUGACCAUGACAAACUACGAGGAGGCGGCCAUGGCCAUCACCAGCCUGAACGGGUACCGGCUCGGAGAUAAGAUACUGCAAGUGUCCUUUAAGACUAGCAAGGGCCACAAGUAGAGCGAUUUGGACAAUGGGUGUAGAGGGGUGCAGUAAACAGGCUGUGUCGGGCUUUUCCCAUAGAAAGGUGGAUUUAAAUGCCUAAGUCUGGCACGUUUUUAGUUUAAUCGUAUUCAGAGUAAACUGAGAAUUUCAGUCUUCUGCACCUUUGUACUUGUGUCUAAUUUUUUUUUCGUCUUUGUUGUUUUUCCUUAUACUUUUUUGGGGGGAGGGGGCUUGAUGUCACUUACUUUAUAUUUGUUUUUGAGUGCAUAAAGAAGUAAUCAUACAAAUAGACUUUUGAAAUUGUUCUCAAAAGCAAAUAUAUAUACAUAUGUCUCAUGCGCUGUAUUAUUUGUUAGGAAGGCAUGAGGACAACAGAGGCUUCAUAACAGGUCAAAGAGGAUAUAUAAAGAAAACACAACUUGUUCAAAGCAUAGACAAUUUUGUUGGUUAAUAAAGUGCAAAUAUAAAGAAAAACUUGGCAGAAGCCACACUCCAAUCUGUUCACGUAGAAAUAGAGGCCUUAAAUUGUGCACUGGACACUGAUCUGACCGUGUUUGAAGGAUAAGAGCGAAGCACUUUUAACCUGUUAUUGUUUGAAGUUGCUCUUAAUAUCAGCCUUUUUGAUGCUAACAAAAUAUUAACUCUUCUUCUGACCAACAUUUUAACUAUUAAGAGGUUGGCUGCAAAAUCAUUUUUGCUUUGGUACCCCUAAAAUGUCUGUUAUUCUGUGUUGUAAUAAGUUACUCUUGUUUAAAAAAAAAAAAAAAAGAAUAAAAAAGACAAUAAAUAAGACUAAAGAUGGACCAAAGCCAGGGAGAGAUCUAAUGAAACAAGGUUUUUUUUGUUUGUUGAUUUAGCAAGACAAUUUACAUCGUUUUGUUUUUUUGUUUUUCAUUUGGUACUGACAUGUGAUGCUUAUGGACAUCAACCCCCUGUUUGGUUUUUCAGUUUGUUUGUUUUGUUUUUGUUUGGUAAUUUUUGUUUUAAGUCAUUUUGUUUUGAUUAUGUUUCUUUGUAGGGAUCUACAUUUUUGUUUCAGUAUAAAUUGAAAACUUGUGCAAACAGGAGCUUUUCUUAAAUUUGGAGAAAAUUACCUUUGUUAACAAUUUAAGUUUAGAUUUGCUUUUGUUUGUUUCUUUGAUUUUUGGUUGUUUCAUUAUAAAUACUAAACCAUUAAAUUUUAUUUCAUUUUGCUGAACGUUUUGUUUCGUUUGUUUCUUUUGUUUAAAAUUUUAUUUGAGUUUUGUAUGUUUUUUUUGUUUUUUUUUUCCCCGAAGCAGACAUUCUCCAAAAAGGUCCUGAAGUCCCUGAUAAUCCCAAACAACAAGCCAAUCUGCAUUAGACAUCAAUACUGGAUUAUAAUGUUCAACAUUAAGUGGACCAAAACAAAUUCAGAAUAUUGUAGGGGGGGGGGGGGGGGGGGAUUUAGAUUAUAUAGACUCUGUGUUUUAAGAGGAAAGAGUUUCCAGAGCAUAAGAGAUAAAAAAUAUUAAAACAGGAUUAGGCUUUAUAUUCGGAUUGUUGCUUAGAUGCAAGAUCUUUCUCCAUGAAUCUGGUUGCUUGUUUAAACUGAUGAAUAUUGGAUAUUUGCUAGACCUUUUCAUUGUAGUUAGGUAAGUUGAGUCCAACUUUGUUGCAUAAAAAGUAUUUUAAUAUGAGCUCAUUUGUGAAACCAAAACUGCUUUGUGCAGAUUUUGAUUUUACCUUGAGAGGUCCGAAUGGUGUUUAAAUUGCUUCUACUUACGUCACAUUUAGGAACACUCUUGGCAUAAAACAGCUAAUUUUACUGUGGUCGAUUUGUUGAAUGGUGGUAAGAUUGACCCCAUGUCUUUUAUCCAAGCUCAACAGAAACUGGCCCAAGGAACACUUGGUUUGUAUUUAAACCCACUUUAUAAACAGUUAUUUGUCUGACAUUUCAAGGAAUUUUAAAAGUAAUCUGAUUUUUCAUAUUUAAUCGUAAAAAUAAACCGUUUUGCUUUAGAAUUUUCUAAUAUUUAUGUCACUGUUCUUACCUUUGUGCAAUAUUUUAAAACUUGCUUAAAGCGGGUGAUCUUGGACUUAUUUUUUUUUUUUAACAGGUUCUGUUUUUUUAUAACUGACAUGUUACUGCUUUUGUUCUUCUGCAGUCUUGUUUGAAAUGUAUGAAAUGUUGAGGUUUGUUUUAGAGGUGGUCAAAAUUUCCUGCAGCCUGCCUUAAUUUAUAUGAUAAAAUAGUGUACAGGAAGUGGCAUUUAUUUAUUUGAGUGUACACCAUUAUACUUGAUACAUAUUCUAGUGUUUUUAAUGAGUUAUUGACUUGUUAUUUUUGUUAUGAACUUGUUUAACAUCAAGUCCAGGUUUAUUAAAUGUCUAACAUUGAAUAACUUCACUAAUAUGUGGAAAAAUUACAGAAUUACUAAAAUUAAAUGUCUUCAGAAGCC